AUGCGCAAGACCCGCUGCCCGCACCUGGGCGGGGUCUCGGCGCCGACGCUCGGCGCCUGCGCAGGGCGCUGCCCGCGAGUCAAUGGGGUCAACGUGGUCAACGUGGUCAAUGGGGUCAUUGAGAUCAAUGAGGUCAGCGUGGUCAAUGUGGUCAAUGAGAUCAAUGAGGUCAACGUGGGCAAUGGGGUCAAUGUGGUCAACAUGGUCAUUGAGAUCAAUGAGGUCAACAUGGUCAGUGGGGUCAAUGUGGUCAAUGGGGUCAACACGGUCAAUCAGGUCAACGGGGUCAAUGUGGUCAAUGAGAUCAAUGGGGUCAAUGGGGUCAAUGGGGUCAAUAUGGUCAACGUGGUCAAUGAGAUCAAUGAGGUCAACGUGCUCAAUGAGGUCAACAUGGUCAACAUGGUCGAUGGAGUCAAUGAGGUCAACACAGUCAAUGAAGUCAAUGGGAUCAGCGUGGUCAAUAGGGUCAACAUGGUCAAUGUGGUCAACGAGGUCAACAUGGUCAAUGGAGUCAACGGGGUCAACGCAGUCAAUGAGGUCAAUGGGAUCAGCGUGGUCAAUAGGGUCAACAUGGUCAAUGCGGUCAACGAGGUCAAUGUGGUCAACAUGGCCAAUAGAGUCAAUGAGGUCAACGUGGUCAAUGGGAUCAAUGAGGUCAACAUGGUCAAUAAGGUCAACAUGGUCAACAGGGUCAACGUGGUCAAUGGGAUCAAUGAGGUCAACAUGGUCAAUAAGGUCAACAUGGUCAAUGGGGUCAAUGGGGUCAAUGUGACCAAAGUGGCCAACGCGGUUGAUGGGGUCAAUGUGGCCAAUGGGGACAACAGGGUCAAUGCGGUCAAUGGGGUCAAUGGGGUCAAUAGGGUCAACGCAGUCAAUGGGGUCAAUGGGUUCAACGGGGUCAACGUGGUCGAUGAGCUCAACGUGGCCAACAUGGUCAAUGGGGCAAUGAGGUCACCAUGGCCAAUGGGUCCAACGUGGUCAAUGGGGUCAACGUGGUUGACAUGA